GCGAAACGCGACAAUGGCGACCUGACAUACUGGCGUGCGUUAUCCUAAACAAAUAAUUUUCCAAAGUUGUGACUUUUUCCCGAAUAUUGUAUAUACGCGAGUGAAUCUGAGAUCUAUUUGUGCUGACGAGAAAUAUGUGAUUGAGUGCAGAAAUCCUUGAAUCGAAUAAAAGCUCAAUCCUUAUAUAGGGACUUGGCUAGGAGGACAACACAAAUUCAUGGUAACUGUCCUGCCGAAAUACGGAAGAAUGAUGUAUAGGCACUAAAUUUGCCAUCUAUAAUGUUCCCUUUUCCAAGUACAUUGAGUCAACAACAAAGCCACUGCGCUACUGAAAAGGCAUGAUAAAAUAAAAGGGAAGGAGAAGAGAAGGAGAUGAGCCACAAUAUUGCAGGCAUGCCUCCCUUCGCAAGGAUGCCUUUAGGAGGAAUGGGUAUGGGAAUGGGCCCUGGUGCCCCUCACCCAGAACCCUCAUCUCACCCUCAUCCUCCACCACCUCCUCCUGCUGGUGCCAAUCCGAAGAAAAAACGACGGACUAAUGCCAAUGUUGCUCAGCAACAACCUCAACAACCACCGUCUGUACAGGAUUUAUUACCUCCACCCUUGACUGGCUACGGAGACACAAUAGUAGCGAGUAAUCCAUUCGACGACACUCCUCCCCAAUCCUCGCAAAAUCCCAUGAUGCAUGGUGGUCCACCUCACAUGCACCCUCACCACCCCCACCACAUGGGUGGACCACCAAUGCGAGGGAUGAGUCCACUCUCGUCAAUAGGAGGAAUGAACCCCAUGAUGUCCCAACACAUGGGCAACAUGAGUCCAAUGGGCAACUCUCCCAUGGGAAAUCACAUGAAUCACAUGGGUGGCAUGUCUCCGAUGAACCACCCGCCGAUAAGCGGGAUGAGUCCCAUGAACAACAUGGGUCCCAACAUGCCACCCGGACAGAUAAACUCAAUGAACAAUCACAUGAAUAUGGGCCAUAUGGGAAAUUCGCAGAUGAGUGGACCCCCAAUGGGAAGUCCCAUGAACAGUAUGAAUAACGGGCCCAUGGGAAGUCCGAUGAACAACAUGGGUCAUAGUAUGGGUAGUCCAAUGGGUGGACCUUUGGGGUCACCCAUGAACAGUAUGGGAGGAUCUAAUCACAUGUCCAACGGUCCUAUGAAUAUGAAUAGCAUGAAUAGCCAUAUACCGCCUAACAGCCCGUUGAACGGACCUCCGAUGAACAAUGUUAAUAGUCCACUAGGUCAUAAUGGAUCUCAAAAUCAUCCGAAUCAUCCCAAUCAUCCGAAUCAUCCAAAUCACCCAAAUCAUCCAAGUCAUCCGAAUCAUCCAAGUCAUCCGAAUCAUAUGGGAAAUAAUCUUAGUAAUCUUGGAAGACCUAUGAACGGACCCAUGACCACCAUGAGUUCAAUGGUUUCUAAUAAUAUGAAUAUGGGUGGGCAUAACCAAAUCAGUAGCAUGAACAUGGGCCCCAUGAAUACUAUGUCGAAUAUUAAUCUCAGUCAUCACAAUCAAAUGGGACAUAUGGGAGGACCGAUGGGUAACAUGUCGAGUAAUAUGGGAAGUGGGCCGCCAAUGGGACAUCCAAUGAAUAUGGGAGGAUCCAUGGGAGGUCCACCUCAUGGAUUUCAAGGGCCACCGGGAAUGGGGCCGAAGCCGAUGCCAGUCUCUGCUGGAAAGGUGAGUUUGAUCUACCCUCCUGACCAACCUAUGGUAUUUAAUCCACAAAAUCCCAACGCUCCUCCUAUCUAUCCAUGUGGAGUUUGUCACAAAGAGGUACAUGAUAAUGACCAAGCCAUUCUCUGUGAGUCUGGAUGCAAUUUUUGGUUUCACAGAGGCUGCACAGGACUCUCUGAAGCUGCCUACCAACUUCUAACGCAAGAGGUUUACGCGGAAUGGGUGUGUGAUAAGUGCUUACAGACAAAAAACAUACCCUUGGUUAAGUUCAAGCCAUAACACUGUUUGGAUCGUCGUAUUUGCGACGCGUGAGUUACACUUUGUUAGACAUAUACACAUUACAAACAUGAGCACACGCGCAUUACGUUACAGACACAUGCUGUUUGUUAAUAACUUUCUAGCUUUAACUUGUUGAAAACUUAGGGUAUCGUUACAAAUCGUGAUUGGUGAGUACGUGCAGGAGGAAUGGUUCACACGGCUACUAGAUUUAUACUCGAAAAUAGAUUUCUCCGAUUCAAGACUGAAUCUUGAAUCAGGACAGAUCAAUCUGCCAGUAUCAUUCGUUGCUAUCAAUUCGACACACCCCAAGAAGUUUAUUUUAAUCUUGAGUAAUUUGCGAUAGUCGCUUUUAAAUCGAGUAACUCACAAGUCGCGUUUACAACUCGGAUACUUUUCUUUUUAGAAUUUUUCUUUUGCUUCUCUUUAGUAUAAGUUUCAUCUUUUAUUUAAAAUAAACCAAAUCUGGCUAGUCUAAACAAUAAGGGAUUAUUGUAACUGACGGUUAUCAGAUUUGCAAAAAACCUACUGUUUUAGGUAAUAUCAUUUUUUAUAUCAUGCCAAUUAUUAUUUUUAUGGGACGAGUAGAUGUAGUCUACCAACUUCUGUUUUGGUAGUGAGUUUCUUAAUUUUUUUUUUUUUUUUUCAUUUAUGUAUUUUAAACUCUUUCUAGUUAGAUAUUAUUUACAGAUUUCAAUUUAGUACUCGAGUUUAAAGAAACUUCCGCUAGUUACUCGAUUCCUUAUAAGGCGUGCCGAAUUUUUUCAGAUUCAGAUAAAAAAAACUUCAGGGAAAGCACAUUUUUGAAGAAAAACAAUUCGAUUUAACCGAAUUGUUUCUAGGACAAUUAUUUAAUUAUAUACAUAUUAUUUGAAAUCUUUUAUUUCCAGUAUUAUAGAUUUUCCAAAUACCAUUCAAAUUAAUUUAUGUUAUUCUCAAAAAACGGUUAAAUCGAAUUUUUUCGAAACAUGGAUUUUACAAAAGCGAAGUUGACGAAAUAAAAGUGACAAAUUCGUGUGGAAAAGUGUGAAUGCAGUAUGAAUAAACAAUAAGAGGCGAACGAGUCGAAAUUUGAAUUAAUUUUGUUAACAUUGAUCUGUCAAUUUCACCCUAAACUGCUUUUUCUAAAAUUUUAUUAUUGAUUUUAAAUUUGUCAACUUGUUCUGUAUACAAAUUGGUGCGAUCUAUUUUUUGACAGAAAAGUUAUAAAGUUAAUACUAAUUAAUUGAAAGCUGGUGAACAUUGUAACCCCUGUUAGUUGCCAUGCAAAUUAUAUUAUCAGUAUAGUAUUUAGCACGAAAAUUUACCACCUUUUUAUCAAUUCGCACCAGUCUUUCUGCAAACGUGUACUGAAAAUGCUCAAUACUGUUGCUUUGUUAAAACUUUUGUAUAAUACUUUUAACCAGUAUGAUUUAUACGUCCAUCACUAGUAUUUUUCUUCAGCAUGCGUAGUGUUAUUUAAAAUUUUUUUAAAAGUAAUUUUCUAAUUUUUCUGCCGUUGAAAAGGAGAGAAAAUGUGGAGAAAAAAUUGUCGAACGACAUGCCAAAUCGAAUGAAGCGUGUUAGGUGUAUCGCACAGAAAUCAGGAUCAUCUUUUUACAGAUGAAGAAAAAAAGGAACACUGUUCAUAAUGAUUAAUGUCACAAAUGCCCAAUAAUUUAUAUACUAGAUGCUGCAUUUUAAGCAGUAAAUCAGUAUCGAUGCACCGACAAAUUGAAAAGGUUGUCAUUUAAAAAUCAUAAUAUUUAACGAAUCG